UUUGGUAUUCCCACCACUGCCAUGUCAGAAUACCGGGCCGCUCGGCUCUUCUCUGCAGCAGAACCUUACCUGUUCCUCGGUCCAGCGCUGUACAGUCCUCUGGCGCCGGCAUCUUUACUGGGUGCCCACUUCUCAUGCCUAUGUCACUUCUCAUGUACUAUGUCCGCAGUCUCUAGUCAUCGCCUGUACUGUGUCUGCAGUCUCUGGUCAUCCCCUGUACUGUCUGCAGUCUCUGGUCAUCUCCUGUACUGCGUCCGCAGUCUCUGGUCAUCUCCUGUACUAUGUCCGCAGUCUCUGGUCAUUUCCUGUACUGUGUCCGCAGUCUCUGGUCAUCUCCUGUACUAUGUCCGCAGUCUCUAGUCAUUUCCUGUACUGUGUCCGCAGUCUCUGGUCAUUUCCU